AUGACAUCACUGAAUAUCAUGGGAAGAAAGUUUAUUCUAGAAAGGGCCAAAAGAAAUGACAACAUUGAAGAAAUAUAUACUUCGGCCUAUGUCUCUCUACCCUCCUCAACUGAUACACGUUUGCCUCACUUCAAAGCAAAAGAAGAGGACUGUGAUGUUUACGAGGAAGGGACCAAUUUAGUGGGUAAGAAUGCUAAAUAUACCUACAGAUCCCUUGGUAGACAUUUAGAUUUUUUGAGGCCAGGAUUGAGAUUUGGCGGUUCGCAAUCGUCAAAGUACACGUAUUAUACGGUGGAAGUGAAGAUUGAUACCGUAAACUUGCCACUUUACAAGGAUUCGCGUUCUUUGGACCCGCAUGUCACAGGUACUUUCACUAUUAAAAAUUUAACACCAGUCCUAGAUAAAGUUGUUACCCUUUUUGAAGGGUAUGUCAUCAAUUAUAACCAAUUCCCGUUAUGUUCACUGCAUUGGCCCGCUGAGGAGACGCUCGACCCUUAUAUGGCUCAGAGAGAAAGUGAUUGCUCUCAUUGGAAGAGGUUUGGUCAUUUUGGUUCUGAUAACUGGUCGUUAACGGAAAGAAAUUUUGGUCAGUAUAAUCAUGAAAGUGCAGAAUUUAUGAAUCAACGAUAUAUUUAUCUUAAAUGGAAGGAAAGGUUCCUACUUGAUGAUGAGGAACAAGAAAAUCUGAUGUUGGACGAUAAUCAUCAUCUGGAAGGCGCGUCAUUUGAGGGAUUUUACUAUGUGUGUUUAGACCAGCUAACAGGUUCAGUGGAAGGCUACUACUAUCAUCCCGCUUGUGAAUUGUUUCAAAAACUCGAACUCGUUCCAACCAACUGCGACGCAUUGAACACCUACUCAAGUGGAUUUGAAAUUGCCUAA